AUGCAGUCCCUCGCUUCAGGCCGCUCUUUCGGCCCCCUCCCCGCGCAAAGGAGCGUAGCACGCAGGGCCGAUGCCCUCAGGGCCUCUGUCCUGGGCGUGCCCAGGCGCCCCGGGGCGUAUGCCAAGUGCGGCGCGCAGAAGAUCAGCAAUGACCUGGCCCAGGAGCUGGUGCAGAAGGCCCCUGCCACUGCUAUGGCCGGCCUCGUCGCUUUCCUGAUGGCCGCCACUCCCAACGCCGCCGUGGCCGCUGACACUUUCGCGCCGCCGGAGGGCGCCACCACGACCACGACGUUUGCUGAGCGACCCGCACCCCAGAGUCUUGCACUGGGUGGCGCGUCGGCCGGCCAGCAGGCGCCCGCGCUGCGCGACGAGGCCACGGCUGGGCUCCCCGAGGGCAACCAGUGGCGCUACUCUGAGUUCAUCAACGCCGUGCAGUCCGGCAAGGUUGAGCGCGUUCGCUUCAGCAAGGAUGGCACCAUGCUGCAGCUGACGGCCAUCGACGGCCGCCGCGCCACCGUGGUGCUGCCCAAUGACCCAGAGCUGGUGGACAUCCUGGCCAGGAACGGUGUGGACAUCAGCGUCUCCGAGGGCGAGCAGCAGGGCAACUUCGCCGCGCUGCUGGGCAACAUCCUGUUCCCCCUGCUUGCGUUUGGCGGCCUCUUCUUCCUGUUCCGCCGCUCUCAGGGCGGCCAGGGCGGCGGCCUGGGUGGCGGCAUGGGUGGCGGUAUGGGUGGCCCCAUGGACUUUGCCAAGUCCAAGAGCAAGUUCCAGGAGGUGCCGGAGACGGGUGUCACCUUCGCCGACGUCGCGGGCUGCGAUGGCGCCAAGCUGGAGCUGGUUGAGGUGGUGGACUUCCUUAAGAACCCCGACAAGUACACCGCGCUGGGCGCCAAGAUCCCCAAGGGCGCUCUGCUGGUUGGUCCCCCUGGUACCGGCAAGACCCUCCUGGCCAAGGCCGUGGCUGGUGAGGCUGGCACCCCCUUCUUCUCCUGCGCCGCCUCUGAGUUUGUGGAGCUGUUUGUCGGCGUGGGCGCCAGCCGCGUGCGCGACCUGUUUGAGAAGGCCAAGGCCAAGGCACCCUGCAUCAUCUUCAUCGACGAGAUCGAUGCCGUGGGCCGCCAGCGCGGCAGCGGCAUGGGUGGCGGCAACGACGAGCGCGAGCAGACGAUCAACCAGCUGCUGACAGAGAUGGAUGGCUUUGAGGGCAACACGGGCGUCAUUGUGCUGGCCGCCACCAACAGGCCCGAUGUGCUGGACCAGGCCCUGCUGCGCCCCGGCCGCUUUGAUCGCCAGGUGACUGUGGACCGCCCUGAUGUCCAGGGCCGCGUGUCCAUCCUCAAGGUCCAUGGCCGCGGCAAGGUGCUGUCCAAGGACGUCGACCUGGAGAAGGUGGCGCGCCGCACCCCCGGCUUCACGGGCGCCGACCUGCAGAACCUCAUGAACGAGGCCGCCAUCCUGGCCGCGCGCCGCGGCCUGCAGGAGAUCUCCAAGGACGAGAUCGCGGACGCCCUGGAGCGCAUCAUCGCGGGCCCCGAGAAGAAGGGCGCCGUCAUGAGCGACAAGAAGAAGAAGCUCGUGGCCUACCACGAGGCCGGACACGCGCUGGUGGGGGCCCUCAUGCCCGACUACGACCCCGUGACCAAGAUCUCCAUCGUGCCGCGCGGGGCCGCGGGCGGCCUGACCUUCUUCGCGCCGUCAGAGGAGCGCCUGGAGAGCGGGCUGUACAGCAGGACUUACUUUGAGAACCAGAUGGCGGUGGCGCUGGGCGGCCGCAUCGCGGAGGAGCUGAUUUUCGGGGAGGACGACAUCACCACCGGCGCGUCUGGUGACUUCCAGCAGGUGACCCGCACCGCCCGCCUGAUGGUCACGCAGCUGGGCUUCAGCAAGGCCCUCGGCCAGGUGGCCUGGAGCAGCGGCGGCGGCAACGCGUUCCUGGGGCAGUCCAUGGCGCAGCCCGCGGACUUCUCCAGCCAGACCGCGGACGAGAUCGACCAGGAGGUGAAGUCGCUGGUGGAGCGCGCGUACCGCCGCGCCAAGGACCUCAUCCAGUCCAACAUCGACAUCCUGCACAAGACGGCCGCCGUGCUGCUGGAGAAGGAGAACAUUGACGGCGAUGAGUUCCAGCAGAUCGUCCUGGAGUCCCAGGCGCAGCAGUACCUCAAGGGCGACGCGCCCGGCGUGUCCAUCCCUUACCAGUAA